AAAAAUUUAUUACCUUUUUAAGCAAAGAAGAAAAAGCUUCUCUGUCAAAAGUGUCAUUUUAUUGCAUAAGAAAUAUUAAAAUUUUAUGUGCAAAUUAAAACUUAAAAAGGAAAUAGAUGCAUAAAAUCAAUCGAAUAAGGUCAAUACAAGUGCAAAUUAAUAAAAAAAAUAUAACGAAUACGUCCGUAACUUAACCUCACACGUAUCUAUGUACUAUUUGUGUAUAUGAAAGAAAUAAAAAAUCAGUUCGCUUAUCGAUAAAAUAUUAUCAGUGAGUUAAGUUGAACAACAAACGAUAACGUCACGAGUGAUGUCUUUCAACUUUUUUUAAGUGAAAAGAAGAAAAGUUUAACAAACAUCACGACACUAAGUCAACAAUACUGGAUAUACAAAAUAAACCGCGUUUGUUGUGCAAAAUAAAAAGUUGAAGCCAAAUUUGAAGUUUGCUGGUACAUAUUUCACGUUCCGCUAUCGAAAGCUAUAAUUUUAUAUUUGCCAGUACAAUUGAAGUUACUUCCGGAUUGGUUUACUAUGAAUUAAUAACAGUGCCAUACAAAUCCGACUAACAAAAAAAAAUAAUGAAAAUGCAAUGGGUUGAAGUGGAUUACGACAAACCAAAGCCGUCGCUCAAGAAUGUUAAAGCGAAGGCUCUUUAUGACAACAUCGCUGAGACCGUUGAUGAAUUAGCGUUUCGCAAGGGGGAAAUUUUGGAUGUCAUUGAGCAAAACACUGAUGGUUUGGAUGGAUGGUGGUUGUGUUCGCUACGAGGUCGCAAAGGAAUUUGUCCCGGAAAUCGUCUAAAAGUUAUCGAUUAUGAGACUGCUUGCUAUACGCCAUCACCACUCACGUCUCCUUGUUCAACAUCAAUGAGUAUGUCUGCAUCAACGCUGACAUUUUCUAGUCAAAUUUCGCAACCCAGUGAAUUAUAUGAAAAUACUUCAAUUAGAAGUUCCAAAGGAAAAAGACGAUCAUGGCAUAUAAUGCCAAACAAAGUGGUAACUCCUCAAAAGUGUGGUGACGUUUAUUUGUAUGAUUUACUUCCAUCAACGCCCUCAUCAUGUUCUUCGUUUGCUGUUAGCAGACUGAAUAGUCCUGGUCCUUAUAUGAAUCAGUCGAUGGUAUCUUCGCUUUCAUUUGAUGCUGAUUCAUACGAUAUUCCAAAGCCAGCAGUAGCAGUCAACGAAAACCCAAGAAUAAGACGAGGAUUUAGUCGGCAAUCGAUUUUAUCGAACUCUAGUACAGCAACAAGUUUAUUAUUAAGAAUGGACGAUUCAUACGACGUUCCACGUCCUGCCAGUAAUUUGGGAAAUUCACGAAUGACUCCAAGCAGCUCAAACUCAUCACUUUUGACAUCUGAUAGUUUGAGUUUGAGUCUUUCUUCUUCUAAUAGAUCGUCAUUGGCAAACAUGCCUGAUUAUGAUGUUCCACGAAAACAUAUUUCAGCGAUGAAUAAACGAACACCCCCACCUCAAUCACAAAGCAUUCUUUCCUUAAAAUCCAUUGACCUUGGAUCUGAAACUUAUGACGUUCCAAAUUCACACGCAAAUAUGAAUUCACCAAAGAGAUUUGAAACAACAAAAGAGUUGCCAUUGGAACUCUCAUCAGCACUUGACACUUUGUCGCGUCUUCAACAUGAAGCGACUGUUGGCGUUACAAAAUUGCUUUCAUUUGUUAAUCCACAAUGGCGAGUUAAAGUGAAACUUGAACCUGUUUUGAUGGAUAUAAAAUUAGCAGUUGUACGAUUGAAAACAUCACUUCAUGAUUUAGCGGAGUUUGCUGAAGGUGCUUUAGGAAAUGCCAUGAAAACAGAAGAUAAAAAUUUGUCUAACAAGCUUCGUCCUUUAGCGAAAGCUUUAAAAGAUGCUGAUAAGCUUAUUCAUGAAGCAUGCAAUGCUCUUGAUCUUCAAUCAUGGAAUAUUGAAUUGCUGAAACGAACUGAAAGUAACAUGAAAGUUAAAAGCAAGCAAUCUCAAUUACCACCAGACUCGCUUGAUCAACUGAUCGUUGUAUCUCAAACAUUGACUGAAGAUAUCAGACAAACAGCAUCGUUUAUUCAAGGAAAUGCUUCACUUUUGUUUAAAAGAAAUUCACAAACGCCAUCGACACCAGUUAGUCAAGUUCAAUGGCCUGAAGAUACUGACUACUUCUUCCUGGCUUAUGGAAAGUUUGUCGUUUUGAGUGCUCACAACUUGGUUAAUAUUGGCGAUAUUGUUCAUCGCAAUGUCACUAAGAAGAACAUCAAGACGCGAAUUCUUUCAUGUGCUAAUGCACUUUUUGAAUCGUUGAAAACUUGCGUCACGAAGACGAAAAAGGCUGCUCAAAAUUUUCCAAGUGUUACAGCGGUUCAGGAAAUGGUUGAUUCAGUUGUUGACAUUUCUCAUCUUGCAAGUGAAUUAAAAAUUACAAUGUUGCAAGCUAUCAAUCCUUAAUUUUAAAUUGAAGGCAUGUUGACUUUCAAAACUUGAGGUUGGUCUUCUUAAUUUCAUAAGAAAAAUUUUUAAUCAUCACUGCGCACAAAAAUUUUCAUUUAAAAAUGAAUUACUUCAUAGUCUCUUAAAAUAACAACAAUUCUCACUUAUAAAUGUGUCUAGAAAACUGCCAAAAAACAUGAGAAUUUUAUAUAAUGUUCCUUUUGUGAUAAUUAACACAACACUCCAACGUGUUUUGGCGAGAAUGCUUAAAUACAAUUGUGCAGGAAUUAAUAAAAAAAAAUAUACAAGAAAAGAAGAGAAUUGAUAACAUUAUACAAUUUAUAAUCAGUCGCGAUUUUAAUCGACAUUUCUACACUGAAAGCGUUUUAAGAACCACGAUUUACAGCAGAUGACUGACUACCUCUUCCUCAGUUUUUCUUUCUUCAAAACAAUUUCAACCAUUCGAAAAUCAUAAUACAAUUAAUAACUGUUUAAACAACGUGUAUUAGACAAUUAUGAUAGAUUUUUUAUGAAGAAUGAAUGAUAACUGUUCGAUAUGUGUAAUCUAAAAUAUUGGAUAAAUAAAUAAAUAACCAUUAAAAUGAAAAUGAA